AUGGAACCCAUUGCUGUGGUAGGCAUUGGCUGCCGUUUCCCUGGAAGUGCCACAUCUCCCUCAGAACUAUGGCAGAUGCUCCGCCGUGGGGAUAGUGCUUGGUCUGAGAUCCCCAAGGACCGUCUCAACGUCUCCAGUUACUUCCACCCAAGUGGGAACCGACAAGGCAGUAUUCCGUUCACAGCGGGCCAUUUCCUGGUACAAGAUGUGGGGGCAUUUGACAGCUCGUUCUUUUCCAUCCCAGCGGACGAAGCCAAGGCGAUAGACCCGCAACAGAGAAUGCUCCUCGAGGUUGCUGUUGAAGCUCUUGACAGUGCUGGAAUUGACCGUACAGCCCUCAAAAAAAGCGAUACAGGAGUUUGGGUUGGCUCCUUUGUAAAAGAUUACGAGCAGAUUGUCCUGCGGGACCCCGAUAAUUCGCCCAAGUAUGGCGCGACAGGUAAUGGAAUAGCGAUAAUGUCUAAUCGCAUUUCCUUCUUCUUGGAUGUCAAUGGCCCGAGUAUGACCAUCGACACAGGAUGCAGUGCUAGCUUGGUCUGUGUUCACAAUGCUUGUCAAAGCCUUCGCGAUGGGGAAAUCGACGUUGGACUCGCCGGCGGUGCAGGCUUGAUCUUGACGCCUAACACUAUGAUGCCUAUGACGGCACUGAACUUCCUGAGCCCAGAUGGAAAAUGCUAUACAUUUGAUGCGCGUGCUAACGGGUACGGUCGUGGGGAAGGAAUUGGUAUCGUCGUUAUGAAACGUCUCUCAGAUGCCAUACGAGAUAACGACAAUAUCCGCGCUGUAAUCCGAGGCUCAAAUGUCAAUCAAGACGGGCGUACACCUGGCAUUACUCUACCUAGCGCCGAGGCUCAACUUCGUAAUAUCAGAACCGUCUACAAGAGGGCCGGGCUUCUUGUAGAUGACACGGCCUAUGUCGAAUGUCACGGCACUGGCACACAAGCCGGCGACUGGAGAGAAUUGAAAGCUAUAUCGGAUGCGUUCUGCCCAGAGCGUAACUCGGCUGACCCUCUAUAUGUCGGCUCGGUCAAGACAAACAUUGGUCAUCUCGAAGGAUGCGCCGGGAUUGCUGGGUUAGUUAAAGGAAUUCUUACCAUUGAAAAUGGAAUGAUCCCGAAGCACCUCAACUUUGAGGCGCCUGGGAAUCCAGCUAUUGACUUUAACGGCUGGAAAGUCAAGGUCCCAAUUGACAAUACGCCCUGGCCGACUGAAGGAUUAAGGCGUGCGAGUGUUAACUGCUUUGGUUUUGGUGGAACGAACGCACAUGUCAUCAUCGACGACGCUGCUCACUACCUAGCUCAAAGGGGGCUCUCAGCACACCAUAACACCACGCUUGAUGGCACCCGGAACUUUUCAAAUCUCAGUACCACGACGCACGAGUGGGUUAGGUCAGUACAGGGAUUGCCCAUUCCUACCCGCGAUUCGAAAACGCAUCUUUUUAUAUUUUCAGCGCAUGAGCAGAAGGUAUUAUCCCAAAUGCUUAAAGACUAUGCGUCUUACGCUCAAGGGCAACUUGAACCCUUACCCGGAAAUAUUAUGGAAGAUCUUGCAUACAGUCUCGGUUGUCGUCGGACACAAUUGCAAUGGAGGGCAUCAGUUGUUGCGCGAUCGCCCGAAGAGCUGAUUCAGAAACUAGUUGAACUGCCAGCGAAUGAUCUCGUUAGGGCGUCGGAGGAUAAAAGCUCUACCAAAUCAGCCUUUGUGUUUGGCGGCCAAGGAGCACAAUGGUUUGCCAUGGGAAGAGAGCUUCUUGGAUUUGAUGCCUUUUUGCAAUCAAUCGAGGACGCAAGCUCGUAUCUGCAAACCCACCUGGACGCCCCCUUCAGCCUUCUUGCUGAGCUUCUCAAGGAUGAAAGCCGCUCCUUGAUCAACAAACCCGAGAUUUCUCAACCAGCAACCACGGCAAUACAGGUGGCUCUUGUAGACUUGCUGACGAAGUACUUUGGAGUCACCCCAAACUACGUUUGCGGCCAUUCUUCUGGAGAAAUUGCGGCAGCCUACGCCCUGGGGGCACUCUCACGGGAGGACGCCUGGGAAUUAGCUUUUCAUCGGGGACGAUGUGCUGGAGCCAUGUUGGCUUUGCAAGACCAACCGCCCUCCAAGGGUAGUAUGCUUGCAGUGGGUCUGCCAUCUUCUGAAGCACAUAAGUAUGUGGACGUAGUUGGCAACGAUAAAGUGGUUGUAGCUUGCAUCAACAGUCCAGUUUCUGUGACGUUGUCUGGCGAUGAGGGUGCAAUCCAAGAGCUCCAGAGGGCUUUACAAGCUGCAGGUGUCUUCAAUAGGCUUCUCAUUGUAGAUAUUGCAUACCACUCGCACCAUAUGAAGCGUUGCGAAGAUGCGUAUCUCAAAUCAAUUACGCACAUUAAGCCGAAGAAGCCGAGAAGAGGGAUGAUAUCGCACCCUCACAUCCGAGGAGGACUCGUUAAGCCGGAGGACAUCCGGGUAGGUACUACCUCCAUAGCGCUUAGCAACGAGGCCCCUGUCAUGUAUUCAUCCGUUACUGGACAUGUCAUCAGCUGGGAGGACCUGUCUCCAGAAUACUGGGUCAGGAAUAUGGCGUCUCCUGUCCUUUUUGCCGACGCUAUGCAUUCCAUGAUGAGCGUUAAAAAUAGCGAGAAACCAAGCUUCAUACUGGAGGUUGGACCACAUUCAUCGCUCCAAGGCCCAAUAAGACAGAUCCUCGACGCUGAGGAAAAGCUUAGGCAACGACCGGUUUAUUCAUCUUUGCUCCGCAGGGGUAGAGACGCGACCGUGACAUUGCUGGAAGCCACUGGGAAGUUAUGGGGCAAUGGAUUUGAGAUAGUUAUGCCCUGGGUAGUCAUGAGGAAUGUUCAGACUGAACGGCCCAGACUCCUUGUCGAUUUGCCAAAGUAUCCUUGGAAUCGUGACAAAGUUUAUUGGCACGAGUCACACCUGUCGCUGGCCAACCGCUUUCAGGUUCAUGGCAGAUAUGAUCUUAUCGGGCGACCAACGGCUGAUUCAAUUCCGUUUCAACCCCGAUGGCGUGGCUUCUUUCGCGUAUCGGAGAACCCGUGGCUUCUGGAUCACCAAGUACAAAAAACCAUUAUUUAUCCAGCAGCCGGUAUGGCUACUAUGGUACUUGAAGCUGCUAAGCAGCUGGCCUCGGAACAUGCUUCAGGCUUCCAAAUCAGCGAGUUCAAAAUUCAGAAGGCAAUGAUCAUUCCAAAUACUGAACAUGGGUUAGAAUAUGCUCUGAACCUUAACCAGAGGGCAAGCCAAAUGGCUGUAGCUCCCAUCGGGAAUGUGGAAUCCCCCUCGUUGGUCAGGCCUUCGCUCUCCUUUGAGUUUUCUGUAUAUUCCAAACCAUUAGACAAGCCUUGGGAGGAGCACGGUAACGGGUACAUAACGAUUCAUUACCACGAAUCCUCAAAAGAGACGAACAACAGGUAUUACCAGGCAUACCUCAAUGCAAAGAAGGAGUGCGACAAUCCAGUCAACCCGAGGCAGCUUUAUGAGAGCCUAGAUGUUAUUGGCAUGAACUAUGGUCGGCUGUUUCAGAAUAUCGAAUCUCUUCAUAAGCGGGAUGGCGUUUGUGUCGGUACCAUUCGUAUUCCAGACACAAAAUAUGUCAUGCCCGCGAAUUUUGAAUAUCCGCACAUCAUUCACCCAACCACACUAGACUCGGUGUUCCAAACAGCCUUGGGUUUUGAAAACGGCCCAAUGGUCCCCUCCUUCAUUGGGAGUCUUUAUAUAUCAGCCAAUUCCCCGAUGCUCUCAGGGGCUGACAAGCAACUUGUUGCGUACACCUAUGCAAAAUCCAAUGGACGACUUGGCGCAACCGCGUCCUUCGCUGUCUCGGACCAGUCUUGGUUGGGCAAUUCUGGUGGUAAUCCACUGAUGAUCAUUGAGGACAUGGCUUUUACCGCCUUGAAUCCAAGCACGACGAAAGAGCUCAGUUUCCUUCCGAAUCACCGUAGUCUCUGUUCUGAGAUUAUAUGGGAGGAAAUUGAUAUUUUGGUCAAUCCCAACGAACCACAUACUAAAUUGAACGAUAAUUUACUCAUCCUUAUUCCAAUGGAUACUAGCCCCGAUAUCAAUGCGCUCCAAGCUGAACUGGUUCGAAAGUUGAACUGUCAGUUCCGAACGUUAGGCAGCAUCAAGGAGAACGAGAUACUUCCAAGACACUGCAUCUCUCUCUUGGAAGCAGAUGGCCAAGCGCUAUUUUGGAACUGGACAGAGCAGGAGUUCCUUGCAUUUCAGAAUGUGAUUUCUGCUGUGAAGGGUAUUUUCUGGAUUACCCGUGGCUCACAGCUCGAGGCCAGGAACCCGCAAGCCUCUUUGGCCCAGGCAUUAGGACGAACUAUACAAUCCGAGUACCCCAAGAAGAAGCUGGUCACAUUCGACAUUAGCAUCGACCUUAGCUUUGCCUCGUCCAUGAUCGCACCGUUUGUUCAAACAGUCUUGAGUUUGGUUGCGCGAUCUUUCUUUGGACCUAAAGUUGCAGGGCCAAUCGAAACCGAAUAUAUCGAGCGUAAUGGACGGAUUAUGGUUCCAAGGCUGGCCACCGUGGACUCGCUGAACUCCAUGAUUGAGCGCGGCUCCGCACCAGCAGAGCCAGACCAUCACACUAUGCCCGAUCCGCAUGAAAGACCGCUUAAGCUUAAGAUUGGGCAGGUGGGCGACAUAGGAAGUUUGUACUGGAGCGACGACCUUGAUGCCAAUCUCCCUCUGCCUCCGGACAGCGUAAGAGUCCGAGUGAUUAUGGCCGCGUUGGACAAUCUUGACCUUGAAAUCAUGUAUGGUCACGUAGAUAAAGGCGACCUAGGCACGGAUAUGUAUGGCGUAGUCGACCGAACUGGAGAGGAUGUUACAAGCGUUGUUCCAGGCGACUGUGUCGUGGGGAUUGCCCGAGGAUCUUUACGAGACUUUGUCACAUGCCAUCAUCGACUCCUGUACAAGGUGCCAAGCAACCAGCCCAAAUUUUACCGUUUCUAUUUACCAACAAGCUUCGCUGUUGCUGGAUAUGCGCUAGGUAAGCUCAAGGCCGGGGAUACGAUCCUAAUCCAUGCUGGCGUGGGAACAUUUGGCCAAACUGCGAUCCAGCUUGCUAAAUCUGCUGGAGCUGUGGUGUUCGCCAGUGGGGAGACUGGCCAGGAGCGUGAUACUCUGAGAAACGUCUGGGGACUUCCGGAGGACAAUAUCCUUGAUGCUGGGACAGAAGCUUUUGUUGAUACAGUACUAUGCUUGACGGACAACCAGGGUGGUCGUGUGAUCAAUUUCGCCAACAAACCUAGCCGUAAGGAUAUGACGACGUGCGAAACUGACGUUACUGGCAAGACAUUUAGCUGUACAAUCAUCAAUGUACCACAUCUCGUCGAAUACAAACCCGGUCACCUUGGUGAUGCUUUGGCAUCAAUUUAUCCCAAGCUUCUUUCCUGGCAGUCUGGGAUUUGGAAUCGAGACCUGCAGGAUGUAUACGACUACUCUGAUCUGGCGGCUGCCUUUACAGCGCUGAACUCAGACACAAUAGGUGCCAGCAUUUAUUGUCAGCGCCCUAAAUCGAAACCUGUUCCAAUUCUCCCCCGAGCCCCCCCGCCUACGAGUUCCUGCAUUCAUGGAAAUGCUACUUAUGUCCUGUCCGGUGGUCUCGGUGGCCUCGGUAUAGAGGUUGCGAAGUUGUUGGUGGCAAAUGGCGCUAAGAAUAUUGUAUUCCUAGGACGAUCCGGCGCGACAAAUGAGUCGGCUAAAUCCUGCAUCAACUUUCUCCGUAAGAAGCAGGUCAACGUAGAAAUUUUCAAGGUAGACAUCUGCAAUGUCGAUGCGGUUGACAGGAUUGGGACUAAGAUUCGGGAAUCGAUGCCUCCAGUAAAGGGGGUAUUCCAAUGUGCUGCUGUGCUGCGCGACUCUGUCUUCGAAAAUAUGACCUACGAAGACUGGCAAUUGGCUACAAAGCCUAAGACAGUCGGCUCAUGGAACCUUCACCAGACAUUUGGAAAUGACCUAGACUUUUUUGUCUUCUUGUCUAGCUCUGCUGGCGUUAUCGGGAAUCGCGGACAAGCAAACUACGCAGCAGGCAAUGCGUUCCAGGACGCGCUCGCCAGGCACAUCAAGACAAUGAGCGAGGGGAAAGUGAACGCAGUAUCAAUUGACCUAGGCCCAGUCCUUGAGGCAGGGAUGCUCGCAGACGACCCCCAGACACUGGAUAAGCUCAAAGCUAGCGGAUUCUUUGGAAUUAGACUCCAAGAUAUUAAGCGCAUCGUCGAACGAGCUAUCACAGGCUACAUGGAAGAUGGCCGAAAGAUACCGAUACAAGUUGUUACAGGAGUUGGGACUGGCGGAUUGAUUCUGCAAAACAAGCCGGCCGACCCUUACUGGACACGCUCGGCCAUUUUCACACGUCUUAACCAGGUGGACAUGCCAAAAAGUUCGGAAGAGAAUUCGGAAGAAGCGUCAGGCUCGCGGGAGGUGAUGCAGAGACUAUUAGCGCAGGCAACAGAUGCAAAGGAAGCACGGUGUAUUGUUAGCGAAUGUCUUAGGGAGAUGCUCUCAAGAAGUAUGAAUAUGGACUCUGCAGAUGUGGAUGAGUCCAGGCCUCCCAGCGCCUAUGGUGUAGACUCGCUGGUAGCAGUUGGAGUCCGCAACUGGGUGUCUCGAGAGUGCGAGGCAGACGUGAGCAUCUUUGAGGUGCUUAGCGAGACUAGUAUCAGUGAUCUUAGCGCCAUAAUUGUACAACGACGAGAGAAAGAAUGA